AAGCCCCCAUGCAACGGCCUAUGCGAAUUUUGAGAAAUAAAUGAGGCUAACCAUGUGUAACACGGAAAUAAAGUCCUUCUUGACGAAGCGCCACCUAUUUUGCACGCACAAAGCAAAAACUGCACCUCCGGCUCACAUUUCUCAAAAGUGCGGCUGGACCGGAAGUGACGUCACACGGGGCAUUCCCGGCACCGCGGGAAAAACAUCAACACUUUUGCAGACGACAUUUCUGUCUCAGCGUCAACUUUCACUUCCUUCCUUGUUGUUUCCGUCGUUAUGUAAUUUUUUCGUCAUGGUUAAACGCUGUGUGGCUUUUGGGUGUAGUAACACGUCUCGGUUAGGUUUUAGUUUGCAUAAAUUCCCCCAAACUCCGUGGAGACGUCGUCAAUGGGAGCGGUUCGUCCAGCGCCGAAGAGCACAGUGGACUGUAGGUGCCUGUUCCUACCUUUGCAGCAAACAUUUCUCCGUGAAACAGUUUUAUGGCGGGCUUGAAAGUCAAUUCGGGCUGGACAGGCGGGCCAAGCUGCAGAAAACGGCCUGUCCGGAUAUCUUGGACGCGGCAGACGCAGACGGAAGUGCCGGGCGAGAAGGAGCGUCGUCUGCUCGCCGGUCAGCUGUCGAGAAGCUCAACAAUCACCGGAUAAUUGCCGACCUGCUAGAGGAUCAUGAGAGUGAGGCAAGAGGCACUGUUGAAAUUGAGGAUGAGCAGCUAGAAAGUGCACAGGAUGCUGGUCACAUGGAUGUUGGAGUGCAGACAAAACAAUCAGUCAGAAACCAAGGCACCCAGGUUACACCAGGAAAGGCUGAUGUGGGUAUUCAGUGUAUGCUGCUGUGCCCAGAACAUCAUACCCACAUGCAAGAGGAUGAAGAAGAGGAGGAAGAGGAAGACGAGGAAGAGGAAGAUGAUGAUGAUGAUGAGUACUUCCCUACAGAGGAGGAGCUCUUGGGGGCUAAGAGUGAUGAUGAGGACUUUGACCUUGAAUGGGAAACACAUGAGGGAAACACAGACACACCACCGCCACCACAUCGUGAGAGGAAGUACCUUGUGUUUGAAAGUGCUCUGCUACAACUCUUUACCUUGUGUCUGCUUUGUGGCGGAGCAGUGAACUUGACACUUGACACGGCAGGCUCUUUCUUGCAAGUGACACAAGUUUGCAAGUUAUGCAAGUUUGUGAGGAAAUGGUCUAGCCAACCAUUCAUCGGCAACACACCGGCAGGAAACCUCCUGAUGUCAGCGGCUAUUCUUUUUGCAGGUGCAAUUCCCAAACAAGCGCUGCACAUGUUCCGGCAUUUGAGUUGCCAGUGUGUCUCCAUCAGGACUUUCUUCCGUCAUCAGCGCCUUUACCUGCACUCUGCAAUCCAGAAUGUGUGGCAGGCACAGCAGGAUGGGCUACUCAACUCAGCUGUACAGCCGCUCAUCCUGGGCGGUGAUGGGAGGGCGGACAGCCCAGGCCACUCAGCAAAAUUUGGGUCAUACACAUUGAUGGACUUGAGAACCAGCAAGAUUCUCACUAUUCAGUUGGUUCAGAGCAAUGAAGUUGCUGGCGGAAGCAAUAACAUGGAGAAGGAAGGGUUGGUGAGGGCAGUGGCAUUCCUACAGGCCAGGGGGUUACAGAUCUCCACCCUAGUGACUGAUCGCCACCUACAAGUUGCAAAAUGGGUCCGGGAAAAUCUGCCAGCCACCCGGCAUCUGUAUGACAUCUGGCACAUCGCUAAAGGGAUCAGGAAGAAACUGAGUGCACUAGGAAGACAAAAGGAGUGCGAGCUUGUCAUCGCCUGGAUCCAAUCCAUAAUAAACCACCUGUACUGGUGCGCGACAACUACCAGGGAGGGAGAGGGAGAGCUUUUAGCAGCAAAGUGGGCGUCACUAGACAACCACCUUCACAAUGUGCACAGGGGACACAGUCAGCUGUUCCCCCGGUGUGAACAUGGUAGAGUGGCGAGAAGGAGGCAGUGGCUUCAACCAAACACAAAGGCAAGUGUCAAGCUGACUGAUAUCAUCAACAAGAAAGCUUUGCUGCGGGACAUCAAGAAGUUGAGCAACAAGUAUCAAACGGCAACGCUGGAGGCAUUCCACUCACUGAUAAACCAUUUUGCACCAAAAUGGGCCUCAUUUUCUUACUGGGGUAUGUUGUCAAGGCUGUACUUAGCAGUACUUCACAGCAAUGAGAACUGUGGACGGCCCCAGCUGGAAACAAAAGAGGGUGACAAGGUCUUCAAACUUCGCUUCAAGAAGUUCAAGAAGGCUUGCACUGUGCAAGAGGUAGUGGGAGACUGUACAUUUGACUAUGUGACUGUCCUUAUGGAGGAAACCAUCAGGAUCUGUGAUGCUGGUGAGGAAGCACAUCUUGUUCAACCGCCACCAACACUGGCCAGUGCUUUUGACAGACCAGAGAAGGAAGCUGCAGUGGAUGCGCACAGAACACGGUUUGGCAGAAAUGAUGACUAAGGAAACAGUUAGACCCUAAUUCCCUUUGACUCCAGUGAAUUAAUCUAAAGGUGGAUAUUUGAAUCCUGUAUACUGUGCUGACGGGAAGGUCUCUCUAAUCUUCUUGACCGCACAGGCAGGGUUGAUAACUCUUAUCCUGGCUCCUAGCCACCCCCAACACCACCUCACCAACUGUCGGUACGCAACGUAUCUGUAUCUCCUAAAUGAAACAAGUUUAACUUUGUUAUAGAAUACAUGCAGUGAAGUUACUGUUCCCCAUCUGUGGUCGUCUUUAGUAAGAUGAAGUGCUGCUAACGCAGUGGACUACUAUACAAUUAGCAACCACUUCUAAUGUUAACACUGAACCGUUUAAAGUACUGUGUUGAAAUGUGCAGGCUGCUAAUAGAUGAACAGAGUACUAGUAAUAGAAUGGUGGAUUUCUAUAGGUUACUUUGUUAAUGAUCAUAUGAACAAUGUCAUUGUCAUCCCUGUCAUAGAAACUGUACACUGGUUACCUAUGAAGCAAUGUAAACAAAUGUUCCAUAGGAUUAUCAACAUUUGUACAUGAUACAUAAUGUUAUAUGUACAUGUUUUUGACUGCUUAUGUUACUUCCAAUGUUAACACUGAACUUCUUGAAAUACUGUAUAAAAUAUAGAGGCUGCUAAAUAUGUUAUUGCCGGUUAAUGUCUGAGUAAUACAGUAAUAAAGUAUAAAGAGUAAAAGAGUA